AUGAAUCUAAUUAUUGGUGUCGCAAAUCGCUUAUUGAUUGGCAAGAACUAUGGCUUAAGUUUACGACAACUAAAGCAUACCCUUCCCGAUUUACCAUACGAUUAUGGAGCCUUAGAGCCAAUAGUGUCGGCCGAAAUUAUGAAAGUUCAUCACGGCAAACAUCACGCUGCAUAUGUAAAUGCUCUUAAUCAAGCAGAAGAGAAAGUAAAAGAAGCGCUAGCAAAAGGUUUGCGAAGAGCUGUUGUUGCUGGUACAAAGCUAAUGAAUUUCAACGCUGGUGGUCAUAUUAAUCAUUCACUGUUUUGGGAAGGACUGACUACCGUAAAGGAUAGCGGAGAACCAAGCUCUGAAUUGAUGACUGCUAUAAAGAAUGAUUUCGGAUGUUUGGAAACGAUGAAGGAUAAGUUAAGUGCUAAAACAAUUGCGAUCCAAGGUUCUGGAUGGGGAUGGCUUGCUUAUGACAAGGAAAUGAAGCGUUUGCAACUUGCUUGUUGUCCCAACCAAGAUCUUCUUCAACCGACAACGGGUCUCAUCCCACUAUUUUGCAUCGACGUUUGGGAACAUGCUUACUACCUACAGUAUAAAAAUGUACGACCAGAUUUUGUGAAAGCUAUUUGGAAAAUUGCGAACUGGAAAAUAAUCAGCGAUCGCUACGUUAAAGCUAAAGGAUAA